AUGUUACGAAGAAAUAUCGCCACGUUCCUUCGCCAUUCAGUGAAGAAGCGUCACUUGGCAACCUCGACGGCUGAACAGGCAGAGACUUUGAGCAAGUACCCAGUCGGACUUCAAUUGCAUGGUUUCAACAUCAAAGAGGUUCAACCAGUGCCUGAAUUCUCUCUUGUGGCAGUGAAAUUGUUGCACGAGAGAACAGGACUGGAACAUUUGCAUUUGGACUCUCCAACAGACAAGAAUAACGUUUUUGCGGUGGCGUUGAAGACGAAUCCUCCCGAUGCCACUGGAGUUCCCCAUAUCUUGGAGCACACAACGCUAUGUGGCUCACACAAGUACCCUGUCAGAGAUCCUUUUUUCAAGAUGUUGAAUAGAUCUUUAAGCAACUUUAUGAACGCUAUGACAGGCCACGAUUACACUUACUACCCAUUCGCAACAACAAACAGGACAGACUUCUACAACUUGAUGGAUGUAUACUUAUCGUCCGUCUUUGAGCCACUUUUGAAUUACGAAGAUUUCAUGCAAGAAGGUUGGAGGUUGGAGCAGCUGGAUAUGACUGAUCGGAAGAGUGACAUUGAGUUCAAAGGGGUGGUCUACAAUGAGAUGAAGGGCCAGUACUCAAACUCCAGCUAUCUAUACUGGAUCAAGUUUCAGGAAGCAAUCUACGCAAGCUUAAACAACUCCGGCGGUGAUCCAGCUGCCAUGAUUGAUCUUCAUUACGAGGAUCUUAUCGACUUCCACUCGUUCAAUUAUCAUCCUUCCAAUUCUAAGACUUUCACCUACGGCAACUUUCAAUUGACCGAACAUUUGGAAAAGCUUAAUGCUUUUUACAAUAAAUUUGGGAAAAGAUCUGGUAAGAGGGACGUCAAAAAGUCAAUUUUUGACUUAGAUCCCAAGACAGCGAGACAUGAUGUCGAGGUUUCUGGUCCUGUGGACACGAUGACCACCAGCCCGCUUGAAAGCCAGCUUAAGUCUUCUAUUACUUGGUAUUUGGGAAACCCAUUGGAAGAGUCAGAGCAGUACAAUGUGUUCAAGUGGAAGAUUUUGAGCACCCUUCUCCUCGAUGGUCAUAAUGCGCCAUUCUACCAAGAGUUGAUUGAAACUGGCUAUGGUGAGGACUUCUCUCCAAACGCUGGUCUUGACAUCACAACUGCCAUGUUGAGUUUUACAAUUGGUCUCAAUAACCUUACUCGCGAGAAGGUUGAAAAUCUAGGCUCAGUUAUACGGAAGACCUUGAGUGAGAAAGUGAUUCCGGAACUCAGCAAGGGCCACAAAAGUUAUUUUCAUGAUAGAGUAGAGGCUAUUCUUCACCAGCUUGAGCUAGGCUUCAAAAAGCAUAAACCAGAUUUCGGCUUGGGCCUUUUGGGAUCACUUCUUCCCAUGUGGAUUAAUGGACUGAACCCAAUCAAUGCAUUGAAAGUCGAAAAAAUAUUAACUCGCUUCAAAGAAGAUUACAAGGAACACGGAUUGAGAUUGUUCAGUGAGAUGCUCCAUGCUACGUUGUUAAACGAGAGUGCUCCUCAAUUCAGGUUUACAAUGGUCCCAGAGGAGACCUUUAACAAGGACUUGGCGUCGGCAGAGCAGAAAAGACUCGCAUCAAAAGUCUCAAAGUUGGAUGAGGAAGACAAAGAGAAGAUCUUUCAAAGAGGCAAAAACCUUUUGGAGAAGCAACAACAGAAAGAGGAUGUUUCUGUGUUGCCGACGCUUACUGUGGCCGAUAUUCCUAGAAGAGGAGACUUUUUUGAUAUAAGCUUCACAGAGAUGACCGGAGGUGAUCGCAAAAUCCAGAAGCGAAUUACAAAUACAAACGAUCUUGUCUAUGUCAGUGCGGCUAAGGAUUUGUCAUUUCUUCCUAUCGAAUACUACAAGUAUUUGCCCCUCUUCAAUCUGUGUUUGACCAACUUGGCAGGUACUUCAAACACUUCUAUUUUGGAGUUGGAAAAUAAGAUUCAGAAGUAUACCGGAGGAGUCACUUUCACCACUAUAGCAAAGGCUAACCCUUUUGAUAUCGGCAAGACGAAUUUCAAGUAUGUCAUGAGUGGAAUGUCGUUGAGGGACAACGCUAAACACUUGUACGACAUUUGGGCUGAUGUCUUAUGCAAUACAAAAUUCAAUGAAAGUGAUGAUGCUGUCGUUGAGAAGCUUGUCGUGCUUAUUAAAAAUCUCGGUCAAAAUCAGCUCAACACCAUUGCUGACAGAGGUCACGUUUACGCCAAUGCGUACAGCAAUGCUCAAUUGACGACUACCAAGCAUAUCAAUGAUGUUCUCGGUGGUAUUGAACAAGUGAAGUUCAUUCUGGAACUUAACAGAAGACUAGAGGCUGAGGGUAGGAACUACCUUAAGGAAGAGGUCUUGCCCGUACUUCAAAAGAUACAAAGAUCGCUAUUGAAUGAUUAUGCUCAGGGAAGCGCUGCCGGAUUCAAUUACAAUAUUGUGUCGGAUAAAGCCUCCGUGAUAGAGAAUGAAGAACUCAUCAAGAAAUUCGAUGAGAACCUUGCGAAAAGCCAACUUAACUGCACGGACAACGCAUUGGAAAAUUUCUCUCUCAAAUUUAGGUCUGCGGAGUUGUCUAAAACAGUUCUUGAUUUGCCGUUCCAGGUGGGAUACAGCUCAUUAGCUACAUUGGGGGCUGCCUAUACGACAAAAGAUGGUGCUGCAUUACAGGCUCUUUCCCAAAUACUCACGUUUAAGCAUUUGCAUUCUGUCAUCAGAGAGUCCAAUGGAGCAUAUGGUGGAGGACUUAAUUUUGAUGGUUUAGGAGGCACCCUCAACUACUACUCUUACAGAGAUCCUAACGCUGUGAAAUCAAUUGAGGCUUUCAACAAAGCUCCGGAGAUUGCCCGUGCUCACCUUAAUGAUAGAAAGUGGGACGAAAGGGACCUUCAAGAAGCCAAGCUUGCCAUAUUCCAGAGUGUUGAUGCACCAAGCCACAUAUCCAGUGAAGGUUCAGCUCAGUUCUUAGAAGGUAUUACUGACGAGAUGAGACAAGAGAGGAGAGAGAGAUUUUUGGACGUGACCCUUCAAGAUUUGCAAGAUGUCAACGAGAAAUAUCUCGUGAAGCCCGCUCACCGUGCCGAAACUAUAAUUGGUGACGUGAGCAAUCUUGGGGAAGUUGGUAACGACUGGAAUGUUAGGCAGUUUUAG